GUGUGACUCUUAAUCGCCACAGAGACUGGUCGAAGCAUUUUUGCUCUCUAUCGAAAAUUGUUGACGACUGAUAACCCGGCAGUUUGCGGCGAUAUUGACUGUGUGCCGCAAUUGAAGACGAAUCAGUGUUGAGAGAGACUUUGAGAGUUACUUGUGAGGUUGCGUGAUCGGUUGAAAAAAAUGAUGAAAAUCGGCUUUAUUGGAGGUGGAAAGAUGGCACAGGCCAUGGCGAAGGGAUUUAUAGCAGCCGGGCUUUCAAAGGCAGAAAAUAUGAUCGCAAGCUGUCAUCCUGCCGAUCGACUAUCAGCUGAAGCCUUCGAAUCUCUUGGCGCUCAAUGCAUCGUGAAGAAUGUUCCAGUGGUGGAGAAGUCUGAUGUCGUUUUCGUCUCUGUGAAACCAACUGUUGUUCCUAUUGCGCUGCUGGAAGUGAAUGGAGUCAGCGCGGGAAAAUUGUUCCUCUCCAUCGCGAUGGGAGUGACAAUCCGCCAAUUGGAGAAGAAACUGUCUGAGGAGGCUCGAGUGGUGCGUGUGAUGCCCAACACGCCGGCUAUCAUCAGGAAAGGCUGCUCAGUGUUUGUGCGCGGCUCCAAAGCCACGGACACGGAUGUCAAGAUCACGCAGACACUCCUCCGUGCUGUCGGAUCGUGCGAGGAGGUGCCAGAGUCCCUGAUGGAUCCCAUCACGGCGGUGAGUGGAAGUGGCCCGGCCUAUGUGUAUCUCAUGAUCGAGGCGCUGGCCGACGGGGGAGUGAAGAUGGGCCUGCCGCGGGAUCUGGCCUAUCGCCUGGCGUCCCAGACGGUCCUCGGUGCGGGCGGAAUGGUGCGCGAAACUGAGGCUCAUCCGGCGAAACUCAAAGACGACGUCACGAGUCCUGCUGGUUCCACAGCAGCUGGAUUGCAUCACUUGGAGCAGAGUGGCUUCCGGGCGAGUGUUAUUGGCGCUGUUGAAGCAGCAACUCGUAGAUGUGCAGAAAUUGCCAAUUCGUCUGAUUAGAGGAUGGGGAGCAGCCAGGAGACGAUAUAGCCAACGAUCGUUUUCUCUUAUCUCAGUGUCUCUAUUUUGUAAGGUUUUUUUAGCAUGAUUUUAUACAAAAAGAUAGUAAUAAUAAUAAUUGUGUACAUGCCACUUAUGCAUGUCUCUUGUUUAAAA